AUGUACAAAUCUAACAAACGUUUGAGUGGCUUUAAUUCUCCAGUUUUAACCGGACCUAAAAAGUCAAAAAUUUCAGCUGAGACCUCUUCCUCUGCUUCUCUAUCACCAGUUCAGGCAACUACAUCUGAGGAGAUCAACAACAACAACAAUGAUGAUGAUGAUGGGGGUGAAGAGUUGACUGAACUGAAAAAAGAAUUAAAUGAUUUGAAAAAAGAAUUAAACCAAAAAGAAGAAAUGCUAAGAAAGUUAAAACUUGUGAAAAUGUACAGAGACAAGAAAGACUUCAAAAACUUACCUGACCUAACAGAGAAAUGGAAGAAUUGUUGUCAGAAGGCCUUACAAGACCUGCACAUGUUACUUCCAGAUCCCCGACCAUCCAUGCUCCAGUUACUCCAAAAUUUACAGAUAGAACCGUUGUUAUUGGGCUAUAAUGUUGAAGAAGAUUCAUUUGAUACAUAG